GUUACUCUAUCGGAGGGAGGUGGGGGCCCGGUUCUCGCUGGGCUCGUGCGUUCUUCACCCGCGGGCUCCCGAUUGUCUUUUGCAGCGGCCGCUCUUGUUGUCUGUCUCCUUGCCUCCGACCCCGGGGCUGCAGCUGCCAGAGCGAGCACGCCUCCCGCGGCCACGGCUGCCCAGAGCAGAAACGGCCUGUGCGAUAUAUAUAAAUCUUGGUAGACAGCGUGGCUGCAGGCCGUUGAGCUGGAAUUCUCUGCGGCUUUCUGAGCGGAGAGCAUUUGUUUGGAGCCUGGAGUCCAGCCUGCAGGCUGCAUCAUGCCAGCUUUGUCAACAGGAUCCGGUAGUGACACAGGUCUGUAUGAGCUGUUGGCUGCUCUGCCAGCCCAGCUGCAGCCACACGUGGAUAGCCAGGAAGACCUAGCCUUCCUCUGGGAUAUGUUUGCUGAAAAAAGCCUGCAUUCACUGGUAAAGAUUCAUGAAAAACUACACUACUAUGAGAAGCAGAAUCCUGUGCCCAUCCUCCACGGUGCCGCUGCCUUGGCUGACGAUCUGGCUGAAGAGCUUCAGAACAAGCCAUUAAGUAGUGAGAUCAGAGAGCUGUUGAAACUACUGUCAAAACCCAAUGUGAAGGCUUUGCUCUCUGUGCAUGACACUGUGGCUCAGAAGAAUUACGAUCCAGUAUUGCCUCCUAUGCCUGAUGAUAUUGAUGAUGAGGAAGAUUCAGUAAAAAUCAUCCGCCUGGUCAAAAAUAGAGAACCACUGGGAGCCACCAUUAAGAAGGAUGAGCAGACCGGGGCCAUUGUGGUGGCGAGAAUCAUGAGAGGCGGGGCUGCAGACCGAAGCGGUCUGAUUCAUGUUGGUGAUGAACUUAGGGAGGUAAAUGGGAUACCAGUUGAAGAUAAAAGGCCUGAGGAAAUAAUUCAGAUUUUGGCUCAGUCUCAGGGAGCAAUUACAUUUAAGAUCAUACCCAGCAUCAAAGAGGAGACACCAUCUAAAGAAGGCAAGGUAUUUAUUAAAGCCCUCUUUGACUAUGACCCUAAUGAGGAUAAAGCAAUUCCAUGUAAGGAAGCUGGGCUUUCUUUCAAAAAGGGAGAUAUUCUCCAGAUUAUGAGCCAAGAUGAUGCAACCUGGUGGCAGGCGAAGCAUGAAGGUGAUGCCAAUCCCAGGGCAGGCUUGAUUCCUUCAAAGCACUUCCAGGAAAGGAGACUGGCUCUGAGACGACCAGAAAUAAUAGUUCAGCCGCUGAAAGUUUCCAACAGGAAAUCAUCUGGUUUUAGAAGAAGUUUUCGUCUUAGUAGAAAAGAUAAGAAAACAAACAAAUCCAUGUAUGAAUGCAAGAAGAGUGAUCAAUAUGAUACAGCUGAUGUACCCACAUAUGAGGAAGUGACCCCCUAUCGGCGACAAAUGAAUGAGAAAUACAGACUUGUUGUCUUGGUUGGUCCUGUAGGUGUAGGUUUGAAUGAACUGAAACGAAAGCUGCUGCUGAGUGACACACAGCACUAUGGUGUGACAGUGCCCCACACUACCAGAGCAAGAAGAAGCCAGGAGAUUGAUGGUGUUGAAUAUAUUUUCAUUUCCAAGCAUUUGUUUGAGACAGAUGUACAAAAUAACAAGUUUAUUGAAUAUGGUGAAUAUAAAAACAACUACUAUGGCACAAGUAUAGACUCAGUUCGGUCUGUCUUAGCUAAAAACAAAGUCUGUUUGUUGGAUGUUCAACCUCAUACAGUGAAGCAUUUAAGGACACUAGAAUUUAAGCCCUAUGUCAUAUUUAUAAAGCCUCCAUCAAUAGAGCGUUUGAGGGAGACGAGAAAAAAUGCAAAGAUUAUUUCCAGCAGAGAUGACCAGGGUGCUGCAAAGCCCUUUACAGAAGAAGACUUUCAAGAAAUGAUUAAAUCAGCACAGAUAAUGGAAAAUCAAUAUGGUCAUCUCUUUGACAAAACUAUAGUAAAUGAUGAUCUCACCACGGCAUUCAAAGAGCUAAAAACAACUUUUGACAAAUUAGAGACAGAGACUCAUUGGGUCCCAGUGAGCUGGUUGCAUUCAUAACGAAGAGAAAUUUCCAUAAUCAUCUUUUUUUUGUACAGUAUAUGAUUAAGUCAGUUACCAUUUUGGUGGUAGGGUUUUUUAAAAAAAAUCUGUAUCACUGUCAUAGAUGUGCAGUCGUGGUUAAAACUGAAUGUUGGUUUUGUUUGCAUCUUUUUUUAUAGCCUUAUUUCAAGCACAGUUUUUGAGUGUAAGAUCCAAAAUUGAAAUUUGCACAGUACUGUAUUCCGAGCAAAGCUUUGGACUUUAUGUAUGUCUUUAAUAUAUAGCUCUUUCUCCAAGAUGAGGUUGAACUUUUUAGAGAGACAUGGCUGGAGAAUAAAUAUUAGAGUUCAGUGCUUCAGCCAGUCUCAGACAUGGUCACUGCCAUCAAGUCUACAUGUUAGCAGUUGAAAGAAUUAACUUAGGGAAUUGGCUGGUUUUCUCAGUUGGUUAGAGCAUCAUCUCUAUAUGCCAGGGUUGCUGGUUUGAUCCCUGGUCAGGGCACAUACAAAGAAUCAACCAAUGAAGGAAUCAGUAAGUGGAACAAUAAAUCGAUGUUUCUCUCGCUCUCUCUCUCUCUCUCUCUCUCUCUCUCUCUUCCCCUCCCCCUCCCUCUCUCACCCCUCCCUUCUCCCCCUUCUUCUCCCCUUCCCUUCCUCCCUUCUCUCUCUUUCAAAAUCAGUAAAUAAAUUUUAAUUUUUUUUUAAAAGAAUUAACUUAGCAGCCUUGAGCAGCCCCAGGCAGACAGGACAGCUUUGCUGUUUUUUAGGUGGAUCAUCAUGGGCAUCUUCUUUCUAUUCUAAAAAGUGCAACCUUUUUGUUAUGUACAUACAGUACAGGAAGUCCUCACUUAAAAUCCAUAGUGGAUAUUUAAGGACAUAUAAGGUAAUCAAUUUUACCAUAGGCUAAUUAAUAUAAACAGGAGUUAAGUUUUUAACACAUCUUAUCAAUGUUAUAAUGAAACUUAUGUUGUAAUUCGAAGACCUAUACAUUAUGUUCACAGCGUGUGCAUUGAAAAAUCAUUCUUAAAGGAAUUAUUGAAAUCCUGCCUUAGUUGCCUUCAUGUUGUAGCUUGAGAAGGCCUUGGGAAUACAUAUCAGCAACUCAACAAAUAUUUAGUAAGGGAAAACAGACUGAACAUUUAUUAUAUAUGUAACUAAAAAUUUUCCUUACAGCGUUAAUCUUAAAAUGUUGAUAUCAUGGGGCAAGAAAUGAUUACAAAGGGCAUUUUUAUUUGUAUAGCCUUAGAUAAUAUUUCUGGCUUUGGAUUUUCCUAAUAAAUUAUAGAAAUGUGAUUCCUAUUCUAAAAGAAUAGGAAAUAUAGUUAAAGAAGAUACAAUUAAAGAAAAAUGUUCAAAUAUAUACAAUUUAUCACCAUAUAUUUAAAUUGUACUAAGACAUAUUUCUGGAAACUUUCCAUGUGUUUUUAACUUAUUUAUUCAACAUCAAAAUAAUUCUUGACACUUGCCAGACCAUCCUAAUCAUGCCAUUUUUAAGACGUUUAAGAAAGGCUUUUAUAAUGUAAAUAUUUAGAUGAGAUCUCUCAUUUUCCUUUGAUACUGCUGAUCUUCAGCAAGUAAAUUACAUAGCUCAAAAUAAUAGAAAUGUCCGUAAGUUAUAGGAGAAUGUGUCUUGCCAUUCUUGCAUGCAAUAAAUAAGAUCCUACCAAUCAAAAAACCUUUGCAUCUGUGACUUUCAGAUAGGAAAAGAUAUUUUUGUUGAUUUGUAAAGUUUAGGUGUCAUGUUUAAGAAAAAUAGAGUGUAGUGAAUUUUAUAUAUUUAUGAACUAUUUGAAAGGCAUAUUUUUUUAAUUAUUAAAUGGGGCUAUUCGUAAAAUAAAUUAUAUGUAUAGAUGACAUAACUGAAAAUAGUGUUUUAUAAGUCAGGGUCAGCAUUCCAUGUAAAUACUUGACCUUUAUUCUUACACAGAUAGACCCAUUAGUGUGUUAUAUAUGCACUGCACAUUUGGUAGCAUUGGCCACUGGGUUUUCUUGAGACAUGUCAAAUUUCAUAUUAGAAGGAGAGACAAAAACUACUGUAAUGACUUUGAUACAUACACCAAAAUAUUUAGAUAAUCAGACUAAAUGUUUACUUAACAACAUAAUCCAAACAAUGAUUUCUAUGUUUAUUAACUAAAUAGUAAGCAAACAAUAUAGUUCAAUAUAGUUUUUUAAAGAAAGGGGAUGGGAUUGCCAAAGCUGAUACUAAAGCCAUACUUAAAGUUGUGUGGCUAGUCUAAGAAAAUACAAGCCUUACUUGGUUGACUAUUGACAAAAAUAUCCUUAAAAGCAAGAUUUCCUACACAAAGAGUAAUGGGAAGUGUGUAAUAAUUUAGGCAAUCACAUGAAUGACUCGGCAAUCCAAAUUAUUUCUUCUGAAAUAUCUACAUGGGUUUUUCUUAUUUGCAGAUAACUGCCUCAGUUCUUUACUGUGGGGGUAGAGAUAGUGUAAGGGGGUGGAGGCCCAGCCCUUUUUUUCUGGUGAUCGAAGAAGGUGUUAUAAAAAUACAACUGCCCAGACCUUUCUCCCUUUUAGACUAGAGCUGAAAAAUAACCUUGAAAGUAAUGAAAGGGGGCACUUUGAGGAAUCCUUUAUCAGGUAGUGUACAUGGUCUGGCAGGUGAUGUUUACAUGGCCAUUUUGAUGCUUACAAAGAGAUCUGGUUAUAAUUUAAAAAGGCAAGGCCAACUCCAAGGCUGGUUGAUUUAACUGGGACAGAAGGCGCUUGAUUCUGCACCUUCUGCACCCCCGGUCCCCCGCAGCAAGGAUGCUCGUGCUGUGCGCCUCACUGCGCUAGUUCUUUGAGUAGCUGCUCCCAAGACAGAGUGUCAGCCACUGUUGAGAGAAGAGGAAUGUUUAGUUUUUUUAAGUCUGUAUAUUUAAAAUCCAAGAUGAAGAAAAUUCUACAUUCCCAUGGUCAACAAAUGAAGAGUUGGUUAAAAAUAAAAAUGUGGAAUUGAAAUACAGUUUUUUGCUAUUAUUUUACCUACCAAUAUAGAUGUUCUUGAUUCUUUUAGGCUGACAUUUCUGGUAUAGCAUAAUGGUUGAAUGUAUCUAAAUGGUAAUAAUUUAAAACUGAUGAACGUGGAAACUUCUCAGAUUUACAAAACUAUGUUGUUAAAAGCUUCCUGAAGAUACAUAUAUUUACUAUUUAUUUUCCU